CCUGCGAGAAUGCUGCGAACGAGAGUCGUUAAAAGAAUAUAGAGAGACCUGUCUUCUGAAUAACAAGAACGCCGAAAAUGACGACAAGCUGUAUGACGUGGUUGGCGAGACUGGUACUGGUAGUGGCAGCAGCAGUUGUAGUUGGAUCAAGUAACACUACAAACAUUGUGUCUCCAAGCAAUGUGAAUGCUAUUAUUGGAGCUUUUCUCAACAUACACAAGCAAGGCAAUGGGUUGUAUGACUGUGGGCAGACAAGUGUGAAUGGAGUAAUAAUGUCUGAAGCUAUGUCAUGGAUGGCAAAAAAUCUCAAUGAAGAUGGUGGCAGAUCCUUUCUACCUAAUAUAACACUUGGUAUAGAGGCAUUUGACAGCUGUGAGAGGCCAUGGGUAGCAUUGACACAACUGAGUGAAUUUCUUCCUGAACUUAAAGGAGAAAAUUUAACAAAACCAAAUACUUCUGAUGUAAGAUUGGGGAUAGUUGAUGGAUCUCACAUCACUCAAAAUGUUGAAGUACAAAACAUUCUCAAAAAAUUUAGCAUACCAGUGAUACCUCUUGAACUGAGUGCUGUGUAUAUAACACCAAGUGAAAGGGGCAUGGCAAGUAAUUGA